CGUGCGGUUUGGCCCGUUGUGCGACUGGAACGUGUGCGGUCGCCGUCAGUGCGAUUUCAAAUGUCGUUGCGUCGGGUAGUUGCUAGAAGAACCACAGCGAAGAAGAUCAGUCAGUGACAGUGUGUAGGAGUGUAGGCACCCGCGGACUCAAUAGGGAAAUCAACACAAAACAUCAGCAGUGCUGUAACAACACCGGGCCGAGUGGGUCGUCGUAAAUUGGCAAAUAAGCCGCUGUGUCUGUGUGGCAUCUAUAAAUGAUUAUUAUAAAUAAUUACAAGUUUUGCGAGUUGGAAAAAAAGCUAAUGCCGUGGUUUCAUGUUAAGAAACAGAACUCGCAAGUGGAAUCGAACGUGUGCAGUAAACGAGAAGAUAGGCGCUGAAGAACAGAGUUACGCGGGGAAAAACAUCAAGCAAUAAAAAUACUAUUGUUUGGAUGGAUUUAUAAUUUUUAUUGUUUGCGUAAUAAAAGUAAAUACAUCGAGCGUCGAGAGGUAAGAAGCAUACGCGGGUAUGCUUCCAGCAAGAAACAUGUUUCAGAGCGCAUAGCCCGAAUCGAGGGAAGAACUUCAAGGCGAAAUAUAAAUAUUUUUACGUUAUUUUGUUGAGGGAGCCCUGAGAAGAACCCACGGAAGAUUAAACAGAAGAAGAAGAUUAAGAAGAAACGCAACGCUGAAACCUUUUAGUGGAAGUAAUGAAAAUUUUUGGUAAUUAUAAUUACCAAAAAUGAGAAAGAGCAAUUAAACUGUGUUAGGAAAUAUGAAAAUAAAAUGUGAGUGAGUGAGCGGUGUACUUUGGAAGAAACAAAACGUGAGCUGAGACGGAGGAACGGGAAGCACAAGAAGGUGCAAACAGAAGGAAAGAAUCAUUAAAAUACGAUUAAGUGACCAAAAAACUGGGGAAGUGCGCACUUUUUGGCGUUUUCGAAUAAAAGAAACAAACAUGAGGCUAAACAGAGCUAAGCCUUACCAUUUCUUGAGUUUAGGUAAAUAGUCAGAAGGUCGAAGCGGAAGAGACCAAAUCGAAUGUUUGUCAAGUGACUGAGCACGUUGUGGCUUGAAAAAAGUAAGCACUUGUGUGUGACAAUCUUGCGCAUCAUUUUCAUUACUUUGAUAUUCAAAAAUAAAACCAACGAUGGGGAUUACUGAAAGACACAUGGUGCGAGAUUAUUCAUAAAUCGUGAAUAGGUGAAGUUAGCGUCAAGGACAGGUUGGGGUCCUAUGUGCUAAUACUGGGGAAGAGUAGCGUGCAAACCACCUGAUAAAAACCCGAGUGAACGCUACAUAGGCAAACAGGAAAUAGGCAGCAUACGGGUGUAUGUGUUAGUGUGAUCCUAGUUCUUGUUUUGAUUAGCGAACGACACAGUGUGUGAUAUCAGCAGAUACCGUGAACGACUUCAGCGAUGACGACAUGAACCCGCAUGACAAAGUAAACUUUUUGAAGAGAAAUCAGCACUAACUUGCGAAGCAGAAAUUUCCGAAAAAGACAAUAGUGCGAGUCAUGCCAUCAGACACACCGCCACCAAUGCAUUCAUCCCCCGUCAUGGAUAACUCCAAUCGACGCCCGGCCUCGGUACCGUCUGGCAGCACAACUGCCCUAUCCGGUUCCGCUGGUUUUAAACGUGAAAAGUUUGAACCAUCUCUGAAAUCCACAUUGACCCCAAAUCAACAGUUCUGCCUACGUUGGAACAACUACCAAACCAAUUUGACGAGCGUAUUCGAUCAGCUUCUUCAGAAUGAAUCCUUCGUGGAUGUUACACUGGCCUGCGAUGGAGAGUCCAUUAAGGCCCACAAGAUGGUUCUCUCUGCCUGCAGUCCUUACUUCCAAACCUUAUUUUUUGAGAACCCUUGUCAACACCCGAUCAUAAUCAUGCGGGAUGUCAAGUGGCCUGAAUUAAAGGCAAUUGUCGAUUUCAUGUAUAAAGGUGAAAUCAAUGUCAGCCAGGAUCAAAUCGGACCGUUGCUUAAAAUUGCAGAAAUGCUUAAAAUACGUGGCCUAGCUGACGUGAAUGGCGAUCAGGAACUGAACCAGGUGGAGCACAUCGAGCCGUCGGCGAACGCAACCGAUGAAACGGGCUCUAACAAUGAUAGCAAUAAUAGCAGUUCCAGCAGUUUACUUCAACGAGGAAUUAUUAAAAACGAGGGCCGCCUCAUCUCGAUGGAUCCUUCCCACAAUAAUAAUAACAACCCCCCAACUCACAUGCAAUCAAAGAAACCACGAACAUCUCGUGAACGGGAGCAACCGCAAAUCUCGAUCCGUGACUUCCCCCGGGAUCUAUCGCGGGACAUGUCCAGAGAACUGAAUGCUGCCGCAGCUGCAGCAGCGGCAGCCGCAGUCGCUGGCGAGUGGCCACUAAGCGCAGCCCUAGACACCGUUCAGGCUUCCACCCCGAAGAAUAACCGCAAACGUCGAUGGCCCUCGGGUGAACGAAGCAGCGUGGGUAGCCCUGCGGACAGCACUCCCGAUCAGCUGGAGGUGCCGUCACCGAUUCCGCCAACUCCGUCCUCGUUAGUGCAGCCGGCUUCGACGCCAACGCCGCAGUUACCACCGUUCCCGAUCCCACCGGCACUCAGCGAUCAGAUGGCCGGUCUGUCGUCGCUGUCCGGUUUGGGCGGUGCAGGGGCUAGUGCCGGUGGGGGCAACCACCCGGACGAUAUGGAGAUCAAACCGGGCAUCGCCGAGAUGAUUCGCGAGGAAGAAAGGGCGAAAAUGCUGGAGAACUCCCAGGCAUGGCUUGGUGCGUCCACAUCAUCGAUAGCUGGCACGACACUUCUGAAGGAGGCUGCCUGUACGCCGCCCACAACCUACGCUGAGAGUUACCAAUAUCAGCUGCAGUCGAUGUGGCAAAAAUGCUGGAACAGCCAAAAUCUAAUCCACCAUCUGCGCUUCCGGGAACGUGGCCCGCUGAAAUCCUGGCGCCCUGAGACGAUGGCCGAAGCCAUAUUCAGUGUCCUGAAGGAGGGUCUGUCCCUGUCUCAAGCAGCCCGCAAGUACGACAUUCCCUAUCCGACAUUCGUCCUGUACGCGAACCGUGUCCACAACAUGCUCGGCCCAUCCAUCGACGGUGGAACCGAUCUGCGACCGAAGGGCCGUGGUCGACCGCAGCGAAUCCUGCUCGGCAUCUGGCCGGACGAACACAUCAAGGGCGUAAUCAAGAGCGUGGUCUUUCGCGAUGCCAAAGAUAUGAAGGAUGAGCAGAUCAUGUACGGCAGACACUCGCCUUUUACGUUCCAAGCGGACAAUCCUCUAAACUACGCACCUAAUGCCAACGGUCAACUACCCGCCACAGGCGCCGAAGGAAUGACGCCCGAUGCUUUGACUGCUGCGACGGUGGCUGCUGUGCGACAACAGAUGUGCAACAUGGUGGCAGCUGCCCAGCAUCAUCCGGAAGCAGCAGCCAAUCUGGUGGGGUUCAAUCUGCCCCAACAUCACGCUAAUCUCAGUAUCCACCCUUCGGGAAACGCCGGCGGAUCUAGCGGAGGAAUUCCCGUCCCCAAGGUAGGCUCACCUGCCGUCACUCACCAAUCCCACAGUAACAAUGGAGGCUCCGGAGGUAUCCAAAUUCCACGGCUUGGUUCCCCUGCCGGAUCCAGCAUACACUCGAACAAAGAACACGAUUUGCACGGUCCUCCCGGUCUUAACCACCCGAGCACUUCCUCCGCAGGCGGCAACGUGAACAGCAAUGCAACCGUCAUCAGUAACCGUUCCGAAUCGUCACGCAGCAGCAGUGGCAGCAAUCAUUCGUCCAAUGUCAACCACCACCACCCGUUGACGCACCUAAACAGCGGCAGUCUAAGCAUAACCCGCCUCGGGUCGCCGGCCUCCGCGCACGACCUCCGCAUGACGACCCCACCGACAGAGGAGAGCCCGCUGGCAUCGCCCAUGGGCAUGGCCCUGGAACCAGCCGUCAAUCUGGCCAUUGGCGGAGGUGGCGUCCCCGGCGGCGGUCAAGCUCCCGAUCAUCUUGGAAUGGCGCAGUACGGCGGCGGUAGCAAGUCGUCGUCCCGUGCCGGGUACUCUUCGUCGUCGUCGCCUCCGCGGCCGGAACAUCUCUUCCAGGAUCAGGACAUUGCCGAACUGGUGGCUAGCACGAGGGCUGCGGCGGCCGGUGUUGGUGGGUCAAGUAAGGACCCGGCCAGGCCGUCCGUGGCUUCGGCCAUUAAGGUCGAACCGAUGACCGAGUGUCGUGGCGACUAAAUGGGUUUUUGGGGGGUCGGGGUUAAGCGGGUGGGUUAAGUAGGUUUUUUGUUUGUUAAUUUCUCAGUUGAAGGAUUAUUAGUUUAAUUUGUGUAAAUCUUUUAGGUUAAACAAUUUGUUUUUAUUUUGUACGACUCUGCCACCUCGGUAGGAUCCUUCAGGCAUUCUGAUUUGGUUGCAUAGGAGAGACGAUUUCACACAUGUUAUUUUUUGCAAUAUGUGAUAUAUUUAACUUUACGGUGUAGGAAGGGAAACUUCCGUUUCUUUAAGAGGCAAGCGAUAGAGGUUACAUAAUUUUGAGUGGGAGAACUAUUAUUUAUUAUUUCCAUACUUGGGAAAGAAGAUAACGGAAAGAAAAAGAUAACAAAUAUGACACAUUUAGACCGUA